GUUGGCAAACUAAAUUGUAACGCUUUGGCCAAAAAAUAGCCCUUUCCUUUUCUGAAUAUAAAGAGAAUGGGUUUUAAUUUUUGGUCUUUUCUUUUGUUCUUCCUUCACUAAUCCUGCAGAAGAGACCAUAAGGCAUUAUCCAAAUCUUCAUUUGUUGGGGGCAUGGUUUUCAGGUAGUAUUGCCACCACCUGAUGGCAAUACUAUUGCUACUCAAUUUUUCUCUCACUGCUACUCAAUUGCAGUGAGAGAAAAAUAGCUCUAAAUGCCGACUUUUUGUAAUGCAUUGUAAAAAGCUGAAUAAAGCCAGGGACAGUCUGGAGGCUGAGGUGGGAAGAUAGCUUUAGCUCAGGAGCUGAGGCCUUAUCAUAAGGCCUUAUAAGACUACCUGGAGGCUUCAUCUGCAUGAUAUAACCUUGGUCUUCACAACCCCUUGUCUUUUUUUGUUUUUGAGACGGAGUUUCACUCUUGUUGCCCAGGCUGGAGUACAAUGGCGAGAUCUCGGCUCACUGUAACCUUCGCCUCCUGGGUUCAAGCGAUUCUCCUGCCUCAGCCUCCCGAGUAGCUGGCAUUACAGGCAUGUGCCACCAUGCCCGUCUAAUUUUGUAUUUUUAGUAGAGAUGGGGUUUCUCCAUGUUGGUCAGGCUGGUCUCGAACUCCCAACCUCAGGUGAUCCGCCCACCUCGGCCUCCCAGAGUGCUGGGAUUACAGGCGUGAGACACCACGCCCGACCCACAACCCCUUAUCUUAACCCAGACAACUAUUUCCACUGAUUCCAGGUCUUUAGAUAAAAGCUCUUUCAACCAAUUGCCAAUUGGAAAAUCUUUGAACCCACCUGACCUGGAAGCCCCGCCCCUCCCUUCCAGUUGCCCCGCCUUUCCAGAGGAAUUACAUGUAUUGAUUGAUGUCUUAUGUCUUCCUAAAUUGUUAAACCAAGCUGUAGAUGCGCCACCUUGGGCACAUGUUCUCAGGAUUUCUUGGAGCUGUGUCAUGGGCCAUUAGUCACUCAUAUUUGUCUCAGAAUAAAUCUCUUCAACUAUUUCACAAAGUUCCACCCUUUUCGUCGACAGAAAGAUAUUCCUCCUUUGACUCUCCAUCAUAUCCUGUGUGGGUCUUUUCUUUCUUGUCCCAACAGCAGCACACUAACGAUCAAAAAAAAGUCUCCAGAGCUUCAGUAUGUGUGUACCUGACAAGCACAAAAGAGCUGACCGCUAUGAGUCGAGGACCAGUUCAUUAUGGUCAGCCAUGUCGCUUCUGAUGUUCUUCCUUUCGGAACUUGCUGUGCUUCAGAGAAUCUGAAACGACAGGUCUCUGAAAUAUUUCUCAGACUUGUCCUAGACUGCCCUCCGGGAAAAUCUGGUUACUUGCAGUUUAAGAGUCAGCAAAGCCCCUCCAUGUCCUCAAGAGCCCCGGAACUGCAUUUCUCAACGCUCCUCCAGGAGCCUCCAGCUUUUUUCCGUAAGGUCAGCGCGCCCUACAUUAUGAGGGGAGGCAGGCAGCGGCGUGGGAACUACAUUACCCAGAAGACACUGCGGGCGACGCAGGUAGCAGCGUGGGAACUACAUUACCCAGAAGACACUGCGGGGGUCACGGCAGCGAGUGUAGCCAUUGGUCUAGCAGAGAGACGACUAAUGAGGUCUCAAUUGUGUGGGCGGGACUUCUGGCGGCGCCCUCAUGCUUACGUUAGCAUGGCUGCCUAGGGAUCUGUUCACUGAUUUAGGGGGUCCCAGAGCUCUGGGUCGGGACUGAGGUGACAGAGCGGGAAAACGCGAGAAGCGGUGUUCCUUCUACACAGAGGCUAGAGUGCGGAUCGGCUGAGUCGGCUGCAGGCGCCCCUGCCUCCGUCAGCGUCCAGGUGACCGCCGUUCCCGCCCCGCUCUUCCCUGGCUGGACUGGAGGAGGCCGCGCCGAUGAACCUGAUCGAGGACUGUAUGGUCUUUGAGGAUGUGGCCAUAUAUUUCUCCCAAGAGGAAUGGGGGAUCCUUAAUGAUGCUCAGAGACACCUGCACAGCAAUGUGAUGUUGGAGAACUUUGCGCUUUUGUCAUCAGUAGGUUGUUGGCAUGGAGCCAAGGAUGAGGAGGUACCUUCCAAGCAGUGUGUUUCUGUAAGAGUGUUACAGGUCACAACUCCAAAGCCAGCUUUGUCCACCCUGAAGGCCCAGCCUUGCAAGACGUGUAGCUCACUUCUGAAGGACAUUCUGCACCUGGCUGAGCACGAUGGAACACACCCUGAGCAAGGGCUGUACACUUGUGCAGCAGAGCAUGACCUGCACCAAAAGGAGCAGAUUAGAGAGAAGCUCACCAGAAGUGAUGAGUGGAGGCCUUCAUUUGUGAACCACAGUGCUCACAUGGGAGAGAGGAACUUCACAUGCACACAGGGUGGCAAGGAUUUUACUGCCAGCUCAGACCUUCUCCAGCAACAGGUCUUAAACAGUGGGUGGAAGCUAUACAGGGAUACCCAGGAUGGGGAAGGCUUUCAAGGUGAACAGAAUGAUUUCAACUCCAGCCAAGGUGGGAAAGACUUUUGCCACCAACAUAGGCUGUUUGAGCACCAAAAAACCCAUAAUGGAGAGAGGCCUUAUGAGUUCAGUGAAUGUGAGGAAUUGUUUAGGUACAACUCCAACCUUAUUAAAUAUCAGCAAAAUCAUGCUGGAGAAAGGCCUUAUGAGGGUACUGAAUAUGGAAAGACCUUUAUUAGAAAGUCCAACCUAGUUCAGCACCAGAAAAUUCACAGUGAAGGCUUUCUUUCAAAAAGGUCUGACCCCAUUGAACAUCAGGAGAUUCGCAGAAGACCAACACCUUAUGAAUGCACCCAGUGUGGGAAGGCCUUCCUUACACAGGCUGAUCUGGUUGGUCACCAGAAAACCCAUACUGGAGAACAGCCCUAUGAAUGCAACAAGUGUGGGAAAUUUUUUAUGUAUAACUCCAAACUCAUUAGACAUCAGAAAGUUCACACUGGGGAGAGGCAUUACGAGUGUAGCGAAUGUGGGAAAUUGUUUAUGGACAGCUUCACACUCGGUAGACAUCAGAGAGUUCACACUGGCGAAAGGCCUUUUGAAUGCAGCAUAUGUGAAAAAUUCUUUAGUCACCGCUCCACACUCAAUAUGCACCAGAGAGUUCAUACUGGCAAAAGGCCUUAUAAGUGUAGCGAAUGUGGGAAAGCCUUUAGCCUCCAACAUAAUGUUGUUCAGCAUCUGAAAAUUCACACUGGAGAACGGCCUUAUGAGUGCACUGAAUGUGAAAAGGCCUUUGUUAGAAAGUCCCACCUAAUUCAGCACCAGAAAAUCCACACUGAUGCAUUUUCAAAAAGGUCUGACCUCAUUCAACACAAGAAGAUUGACAUCAGGCCAAGGCCUUAUGCAUGUAGUGAAUGUGGGAAGGCCUUCCUUACACAGGCUCAUCUGGUUGGUCACCAGAAAAUCCAUACUGGAGAACGGCCUUAUGAAUGCACUCAAUGUGCGAAGGCCUUUGUUAGAAAAUCCCACCUAGUUCAGCACCAGAAAAUCCACACUGAUGCAUUUUCAAAAAGGUCUGACCUCAUUCAACACGAGAGGAUUGACCUCAGGCCAAGGCCUUAUGUGUGUGGUGAAUGUGGGAAGGCCUUCCUUACACAGGCUCAUCUAGAUGGUCACCAGAAAAUCCAGACUGAAGAAUGGCCUUAUGAAUGCAAUGAAUGUGGGAAAUUCUUUUUGGACAGCUACAAACUUGUUAUUCAUCAGAGAAUUCACACUGGAGAAAAGCCUUAUAAAUGCAGCAAAUGUGGGAAAUUCUUUGGAUAUCGCUGUACACUGAGUAGACAUCAGAAAGUUCACACUGGAGAAAGACCUUAUGAGUGUAGUGAAUGUGGGAAAUUUUUUAGAGAUAGCUACAAACUCAUUAUUCAUCAGAGAGUUCAUACUGGAGAAAAGCCUUAUGAAUGCAGCAACUGUGGGAAGUUUCUUAGAUACCGCUCUACAUUCAUUAAACAUCAUAAAGUUUGCACUGGGGAGAAGCCUCAUGAGUGCAGUAAAUGUAGGGAAUUGUUUAGGACUAAAUCAAGCCUUAUUAGACAUCAGCAGUCUCACACUGGAGAAAGUCCUUUUAAGUUAAGGGAAUGUGGGAAAGACUUCAACAAAUGUAAUACUGGUCAGCGCCAAAAAACUCACACUGGAGAAAGGUCUUAUGAGUGUGGUGAAUGCAGCAAAGUGUUUAAAUACAACUCCAGCCUCAUUAAACAUCAGAGAAUUCACACUGGAAAAAGGCCUUAGUGGAGUGAAUGCAGGAAAGUCACCAAAACUGUCACCUCAUUCAGCACCAAAAAGUUCACAUCAGAGAAAGAACCUAUUAAUAUAUGUAAAUCUAAUGUUGAAAGAGUUCAGAUGGAAAUCUGCGAGGAUUUCCUGCUGGGAACUACGUUAAAAACAUUUAUGUCCAGGCAUGGUGGCUCACGCCUAUAAUCCCAGCACUUUGGGAGGCAGAGGUGGGUGGAUCACCUGAGGUCAGGAGUUUGAGACCAUCCUGGCCAACAUGGUGAAGCCCCAUCUCUACUAAAAAUACAAAAAUUAGCUGGGCAUGGUGGCGGGUGCCUGUAAUCCCAGCUACUCAGGAGGCUGAGGCAGGGAGAAUCACUUGAACCUGGGAGGCGGAGGUUGCAGUGAGCUGAGAUUGUUCCAUUGCACUCCAGCCUGGGUGACAGGGCGAGAGUGUGUCUCAAAAAGAAAAAAAUUAUAAUUGUGGCAAAUUACAGGUAACUUAAAAUCUACCAUCUUAACCCAUAUUUAACUGUACUGUUCAGUAGUGUUAAGUCAUUCGCAUUGUUGUCAAUUAAUAUCCAGAAGUUUUUUCAACUUAAUGAAACUAAAACAUUAUACCCUUUAAACCAGGGGUCCACAACCCCCAGGCUGCAAACUGGUACCAGUCUGUGGCCUGUUAGGAACCGGGCCAGCAUCACUACCUGAGCUUCACCUCCUGUCAGAUCAGCAGCAUUAGAUUCUCAUAGCAGCCUGAGCCCUAUUGUGAACUGUGCCUGUGAGGGAUCUAGGUUGUGUGCUCCUUAUGAGAAUCUAACUAAUACCUGAUGAUCUGAGGUGGAACAGUUUUAUUCUGAAACUAUCCACCCCCUCCUCCGUGGAUGCGUGGAAAAAUUGGCUUCCAUGAAACCAGUCCCUGGUGCCAAAAGGUUGGGGACCGCUGCUUUAAACCACUCCUCUUCCUCAUCCCCUACUCCAACCAGCCCCUGACAACUACUACGGUAUGAAUUUUACUAUAAAUAUAUGAGGAAACUUAA